AGCGCCGCCAGCCGCUGGCAAAGGCACGAGUCCCAUCACAACAGACGCAGACAUGAAGGGGCUGUGUGUGGCAGCGCUGGUCCUUGUGAUCAGCUCCGAGGCGCUGGGAGGGUAUAUCAGCAGCGGAGGCGGCGGCGGCUGGAGAGGUGGUGGCGGUGGAGGUUAUGGAGGGGGUGGUUUUGGAGGGGGCGGUUUCGGCGGGGGUGGCUACAGUAAGGGAGGUGGUGGCUUCGGAGGAGGUGGCUUCGGAGGCGGUGGACACGGAGGCGGCGGCGGCUUCGGAGGCGGCGGCUUCGGAGGCGGCGGUGGCGGCGGCCCCACCAUCAUCAAGAUCAUCAAGCUGAGCGGAGGCGGUGGCGGCGGAGGCUACGGAGGCGGUGGUGGUUUCGGAGGGGGCGGCAAGGGAGGCUUCGGAGGUGGUGGCUUCGGAGGCGGAGGCUACGGAGGCGGCGGCGGCGGAUAUGGUGGAGGCGGACACGGGGGUGGUGGCGGAUGGAGGGUCAGCAGCGGUGGCUGGUCGGGCGGAGGCGGCGGAUGGAACGGCGGCGGCGGCGGCGGUGGUUGGUGGUAAUGAGCUGCUUUAACGCGGCGCCGACGCGUCCCGAGAAGAGCCGAGCUCCGCCGAAGACACUCGCCGAAGCCGAGUCCCGUAAUCCACCCUGCGGCCAAGAGACACGUCGGACGUCGUCUUGUACAUUGCGUAAAUCGUUUCAAAAUUCUGUACACUUUGUAUUCUGGCAAUAUAUGUUACAUUAAAAUUUUGUACCACCAUUUCUAAA